CCAGGGCUGUGCUGAUUCCUCCUCCUCUCUCCCAGCACCUCACCUUCCCCCUGCUGUCGGUCACUCUCCUGGUGUCCUUUGGCUCCUCCAUGCUCUAUGGCUACAACCUGGCCGUGGUGAACUCACCGGCGGUGCACAUAAAGGCUUUCUACAAUGCCACAUGGUUCCAGCGGUACGGGCACAGUCUGGCCCCAGGCCCCCUGACCCUCCUCUACUCCCUGACUGUCUCCAUCUUUGCCCUGGGUGGGCUAGUGGGCUCCUUGCUGGUGGGGGUGAUGGUGGAGCGGUACGGCAGGAACGGCACACUGAGCCGCAGCACCCUCCUUGUCCUUCUGGCUGGUGGCUUCAUGGGCUUCAGCAGAGAGCUGGGGUCCCCUGAGAUGGUGAUCAUCGGCCGCUCCAUCAUGGGGCUCCACUCAGGUAUUUGUCUCAGUGUGGUGCCCCUCUACCUGGGGGAAAUCGCCCCCAAGAACCUACGGGGUUUCCUGGGCCUUGUGCCCAGCAUCUUCAUCUGCCUGGGGGUUUUCUUCGCACAGGUUCUGGGCCUCCCAGAGCUGCUGGGCAAGGACAGGUUCUGGCCCCUUUUUCUGUCAGUGGUGGUUGUUCCUGCCUCCCUCCAGCUCCUGCUGCUGCACUGCUUCCCCGAGAGCCCACGGUACCUGCUGAUAGAGAGGAACGAUGUCUAUGGGGCCACCAAAGCACUGCACCGGUUCCUGGGGACGCCAGACGUGCAGGAUGUGAUUGAGGAGAUGAAGGAGGAGCAGCGGUCGCUCUCCACCAUGGAGAUGGUCUCCGUCUGGCAGCUGCUGCGGGACCGCUCUGUUCGCUGGCAAACCCUCUCGGUGGUGGUGGUGAAUGCUGGCAUGCAGCUCUCAGGGAUUGAUGCUAUCUGGUUCUAUACCAACACCAUCUUUGAGAACGCUGGGAUCCCCGUGUCCCAGAUCCCCUACACCACCGUGGGCACCGGCGCCAUUGAAGUUGUUGCAGGGCUGAUCGGG